CAACCACGGCCAAGAUAUGCUUCCCUCCUGUGUUUAUUGUGUGUUAUUUUGUUGUAAAUGAAAUACAGUAUGUUAAUAUAUAUAUUUUUUUAUAAUCUGUGCCGGCCCCGCCGUCGUCUUCGCAUUUUUGACUGCAGGAUGUGUUCCGUACGACCUCUUCGCGUGGCUGCUGUGCUGGGCUUGCAUAUGUCACGCAUUUAACCGAUCACGAUGCAAUUUUCGUGACAGUACAAGGUGACCAGCUGCACGACUGUUUUACUGUCGGGUAUACUGCGCUGUGUCGUGGCUGUCGGCCUCCAUAUAUUGCGGGAGUCCAUUAGCUGGUCAUUGGCUCCGCUGGUGCUGAUGCUGCGUUGCGUGCGAUUGUUGCUAAGCAGCCAUCCACCAUGCUACCACAAAGGGGAAGUCUGAGUAUGAGGGUGUUUUGAAGAUAUUGCUCCUUUAGCGUGAAUUUUUUUCUUGUUGAUACUGUGCAUGUGUGCUGCAUUUGCGUUGACUAUCGAACCGAUUUCUGUAAAAUUGCAUGUACAGGACUAAAGAUUGAGGUUACAGUCAACAUUGCGUCUACGUAUUUACGUCCCAUAGUCUUCUCCUACCCUCUGAAGUAUUGAUCGCCCUAUUUGUCCCACUUGUAUUUACCCCUCUGCUAAUGAUGUAAAGAUUGAUAUUUCAGUGCACAAAACAAUCUACAAGUAUAUGGUGAAUGAUGAAUUUGGUGUGGGAGAAGACUGGCCUCCAUGACAUCAAAACUACAAAAACAGGGAUACCCAACAAGUUUUAAAUUAACCUAAAAUGAUCGCACGCACACAAAUACAGUAUGUUGUAUAUGGUUAACUUAUAGACAGUGUUGUUAAUAACAGCGUUAGAGUAUAACGGAGUUACUAACCGUUAUUUUUUUCGGCAGUGAGUAAUCAUUACUAGGGCUGUCAAAAUGAUCGCUUUAACGGGCGGUAAUUAAUUUUUAAAAUUAAUCACGUUAAAAUAUUUGACGCAAUUAACGCACAUGCCUCGCUCAGAUUAAAAUGUCCACUUGUUAUUUGUUUUUUGGUAUUUUGUCGCUCUCUGCUGGCGCUUGGGUGCCACUGAUUUUAUGGAUUUAAGCACCAUGAGCAUUGUGUAGUUAUUGACAUCAACAAUUGCGAGCUACAAGUUUAUUUUUUGAUUGAAAAUUUUACAAAUUUUAUUAAAACGAAAACAUUAAGAGGGGUUUUAAUAUAACAUUUCUAUAACUUGUACUAACAUUUAUCUUUUAAGAACUACAAGUCUUUCUAUCCAUGGAUCGCUUUAACAGAAUGUUAAUGCCAUCUUGUUGAUUAAUUGUUGUAAUAAACAAAUACAGUACUUAUGUACAGUAUGUUGAAUGUAUAUAUCGGUCUUGUCUUAUCUUUCCAUUCCAACAAUAAUUUACAGAAAAAUAUGGCAUAUUUUAUAGAUGGUUUGAAUUGCGAUUAAUUACGAUUAAUUUUUAAGCUGUAAUUACCUCGAUUAAAAAUUUUAAUGGCUUGACAGCCCUACUAAUUACUUUUCUCAACUAUGCAGCGCCGUUACCGUUACAGAGGAUGUAAAGGCGUGCGUUACUUUGCAUUACUACUUUGGUUGAAUGACGCGAGAAAAAUGAGAGACGUGGACUCACGGAGAAAGCAGAGCGGGAGUGGGGAGGAGGAAAGGGAGUUGUGACGCCGUUGCAAACGCAAUGCUCUGGGUGGCUCCAAUAAGACCUGACUGUAGCCGAUAGCCUACAAACUACGCCCACAUGAUGCUACGAUAGGUACUGUAUCACAUGUAUAGAGAACUAGAUGCGAAAUGAUAGACUCGCCGGCGUUAGUAAAUAGCCGCCACCUUAAAGCAGUACACUUCUCAGGAAGGCUCUGUUGAAGAGAACCUCCCCAGCGAACCUAAGUAACAUUUUAUCUAAAAUACUCUUGAAUCGGCAAAAUUUCGACUUGAGUCCAUCUUUAAAUAAUGAAACUGUUUUAAAACGUUCACAUGUCGAAAGUAGACAGAAGGGAACUAAUGAAGAACAGGAGCAAUUUUAACAAUUUUAACGGUUGAUUCACAACAUUAAAUGACUUCCAAGCAUAGCAAAGGUUACUAUCUAGUUAUCGCAAUAUCCGAAGUACCCCUGUGUCUAGUUAAGUUUAGGGUAAAGAAUUGGGCUAGGGCCAAUUGUGCCAAAAACCCUUUGAACUUGUCAUAGUGUGACCUGUUUUUUGUUUGUUUUUGGGGGGGCAACAUGAAAAGUAAUACCAGUUACUUUGCCAAGUAACUAAUUACUCUUACAUUCAGGUAACUGAGUUACUAAAUUACUUUUUGGGAUAAGAAAUUUGUAACCGUAAUUAAUUUUUUAAAGUAAGAUUAACAACACUGCUUAUAGGUACAAUACUGUUUUUCUGAUGUAUACUGUAUUUUGGCACACUGAACCCCCUUGCAAACAAUUAGGAGUAUUUUUGGUCAAUACUUUGCUCUAAAAACUUCCACUGAAAAUAAGCCUUUGCCUUAAAAUAUUCAGCCGGUAAAAACUUGAUUGAUUGCUUUCCAGACAUUUGGGAAUUUUACUCAUUUGCUUUAGUCUGCCUCAGUUCCCUCUUAAUUGUUAGUGUUAUGAAAAGUCUGAAAGUGCUCCAGUAUGACGUUGUGGGUGGGGGUGAGGUCUGACAUACUGUCAUUAUACCAAUCAAAGGCCAGAUGACAAGGAGGGUGGGUGAUAGAGCUAAAGGGGCUCUAAAAUAGCUUCUUCCGUUAAAGUUCGACUGGUUAACUGUAUAUCAAUAAAUAAUAAAUCCAAUAGCAAAAAAGGAUGGGUGAACAAUUGGCCUAUUUAUUUUUUUGCCAAACGAGGACGUGAUCAACUGACACCAUCCUUGAGAUCGUGAAACCUUUGGAAUGAAAUCUUUUUAGGCAUCCUUUGAGUUUGAGGCAUGCCUUUAUGGAGGUAGGCUUAGCCAACUGCUGGUCUUAACUGUUCCCCAGUCAGUGCAUGUUUUUUUAUUUUUAUUUUUUUAAUAAAGCAGAUAUAUACAUACAGCCAACAUCUAAAUAUUUUUCCAGACAGCAUAAUAAAAUAACAGAAAAUAUUAUCGCUCAAUUUACCUGCCAUGAUGGCCUUUGAGUUACCUAUUACAUUACAUAGUGAGAAACACGAUAUACUACAUGCAGUUAGGGAUAGUGCUCCAUUCUGGUUCAAGCCUAAUGAAAGUGGAGCCCAGGAAAAUCAAUAUAGAAGUACUUUGGGUAAUUAUUCCAUUGGAUGUUUGUGCUCCUAAAACCACUGUAGGUAGAUUGAUGCAUUUACAGUAGCUUCACAUGCACAUGCAUGUUGCCACUGUAAAGUGUCUUAAUGGGUUUCUGGGAUUUUUCAUGUUCUAAUUUACUGCAAGUUUUGAGUAGAUCCUUGCUAGUCUCCUCAUCCAUCAAUAUCUAAAUUUUAAACAGAAAAUUUCAAUGAAAGCGCUGUACAGUCUUAUUAUAUGUGUACUGUAAGUCAGUGUGGGUGUGGGGUGUCUUGGGACCUUAUCUACUCCCUGCAGCACUUUGUGUGUGAAUGUGUGUUUACACAGAAGAGGCCUCAGCUCCAUUCUAAAGAUCCUUACGUUGUCAUUGCCUGAGCUGUGGUUGUGACAUACCAACUGUAGAACAUGAGCAAAUCUCCGACCCCAAUGGAAACCCCGGGGCAGCGGAGCCCCAGUAACGGGGUCCCUGAGAUUCUCCAGUCUCCUCAGCAUUCAACUCCUGGCUCCGAGCCGCAAAUUAAGAAACACAUCUCCAGUCUUCUUCAGAGCCCGUCAUUCAAAGAGGAGCUGGAUGCACUGAUCCAGGAACAGAUGAAGAAGGGUGGCAGUUCAUCAAACCUUUGGGCACUCAGGCAAUUGGCCGACUACAUGGCCUUGCAUGGCUCACCUGCAACACUACCAGUGUCCCCAUCCAAUAUGAUGAUGGUAACGCCCAUUAAUGAUCUCCAAGGCUGGGAUCCUGGCAGCAUGGUGAAGGGGGAGCGACUGAUGCGCUGCAAGCUUGCCAGUGUCCAUCGUCUCUUUGAUCUCUAUGGCUGGGCCCAGAUCAGUCACACCUGUCUCACCCUGCGUGUCAGCAAAGAACAGGAACACUUCUUGGUGCUACCAGAUGGCCUUGCCUACAGUGAGGUUACUGGAUCAAGCCUGGUAAAGGUGAAUAUCUUGGGUGAAAUGGUGGAGAAGGGCAGUACCAACCUUGGUGUGGACACGGAGAAGUUUAGCCUGCACUCAGCCAUCUAUUCGGCAAGACCGGAUGCCCGCUGCCUACUUCACCUGCACACACCAGCCACAGCUGCAGUCUCGGCGAUGAAGUGUGGCCUGCUGCCAUUGUCCCAUGAAGCCCUACUGGUUGGUGAUGUGGCCUAUUAUGAGUACAAUGGAGUAAUGGAGGUGGAGGAAGAACGUGUGGAGCUUCAGAAAAGCCUUGGCCCCACUUGCAAGGUACUGGUGCUUAGAAAUCACGGGAUAGUGGCACUUGGGGAGUCUGUGGAAGAGACCUUCCAUGCAAUCUAUCACAUUCAGGCUGCCUGUCAAAUCCAGGUAUCAGCGUUGUGCAGUGCUGGUGGUGAACAGAACCUGAUUUUACUUGACCGGACCACCCAUAAACCCAGUCAUGCUGGCACUGUGGGCUGGGCUGGCUCUACGUUUGGUCCAAUGCAAAAGAGUCGCAUUGGAGAACAUGAGUUUGAAGCCCUCAUGAGAACUCUAGAUAAUUUGGGUUAUCGUACUGGCUACGCCUACCGUUUCCCAUUGCUAUUGGAAAGAUCACGAUCACAAACACGAAAGGAUAUAGAGGUUCCUGCAACUGCCACAGCCUUUCACCAGUUCAAUGAUGACGGCCUUCCUUUGGGUCUCAAACAGCAUCCUUUUACCCUCCGCCAGCAGCAGGAGAGAACUAGAUGGCUCAACACCCCCAAUAUCUACCAAAAAGUCAGCCAAGAACAGGCUAGUCCUGGACACCAGCGCACCACGUGGAUGAAGACGGAGGAAAUGACACAAGCUGGUAGUACAGCUAUAAAGAUAGAAAACCCAAACCAGUUUGUGCCUCUUUUUACUAACCCUCGAGAAGUGAUCGAGACACGAAACAAGAUCCGACAGCAGAAUCGUCAAGACAUGAAAACAGCAGGGCCACAGUCCCAGGUCCUUGCCAGCGUGGUAACGGAUGAUAGCCCUCCGUCACCAGUCAGCCCACCUCAACUUCCACCAGAGCCUGAAAUGCCCAACCCCUUUAAUCAACUGACAGACAAGGAGCUAGAGGACUACCGCAUGGAAGUUCAGAAGAAACAAGACAUUGGGCCCAAUGGGGAAGAGGUGGCAAAUGAUGCGUCUCCUGCUACCUCUCCCACAAAGAGUCCUCAACCCAACCACCCCACCCUCUCAGGAGACACAAAGACGGGCUCCCCAGUUAUACAGAAUGGAGGUGAAGAGGAGAAGCAGGCUGAAGACUUAGAGAAAGGAAUGAAGGCUCUUUCAACCAAUGACACCUCCACCCCUGCCACUCUGCCUGCCAAACCACAGGGUGAAACACCUGAAGGUUCGCCAUGCAAGUCCCCGUCAAAGAAGAAAAAGAAGUUUAAGCCACCAUCAUUCCUGAAAAAGAGCAAGAAGCAGAAAGAAAAGGCAGAAUCCUGAGUUGAUCAAUGCCAAAUCUUGAUAUUUUGCUGUGAAAUGCUUUUUGUGUACAAUCCAGUAACAGACGGCGAUCACUGCAGAUCUAUUUAAACACGGUCAGUAAUAAAGCCAUUUACAAAAUAAUGACAAAAAAUAUUGACUGUGGUCACACUUUUACUUUUUGGCUUUAAAGAGAACUAUGGGUCAACUCCAACUCAUUACUUCUACUUCUCAUCACACACAUGCUUAGUAUUCCUCAUGUAUUAUUGUUGCCAUUAUUUGAUGAAACCACCAUUACUGUAGAUGAAACAUGUUCUUCAUUUGGAUUCACAUCUCUGAAUUCGCCCCCUUGUAUCUCUAGAAAAGCACUUGAUCAAUCACAACAACUUGUAAUGGUUUAGUUAUAAACACAUUGAUAUUGCCGCUGUACUGUAUAUGUGAGCACAUGUACAUUACAUGUAGAAGAGUAUACUGAUAGCUACUGAUUGUGCUCUGAAAGCUGUUUAUUGUACAUCAGUCUAAAUGUUUUAAUAGCAGGAACCGCGGUGAAGAAAAGAAGCUGGGUUAAAAUCUUACUGUCUUGCAAGAAAACAAAUGUGGCUCUAUAAUAUGCUUGUAAUUGCAGCUUGAAGAUACGUAAAUACACUGAAGGCACUAAAACAUUUCACUUUCCCCAUAUUCCUGAUAUGUGUAUGCAAAUUACCUCCAGUCAAGUAUGCUUUCUGUUUUAAAUCAGUUUGUGCAAAACAAGUGCUGAUGCAAUGUUUACCUAUGAUUUUGAUUUCUUUAUAUUAGAAUGUGUAUGUGAAUGUUGCAAGUUUACCAUAUAUGUCAUUAAAAUUUUAUUUCAAAUCAA